AGACAAACUCAUAGUACACGUCAAAUUAACCGACUCUUGUCUUAAGGCGCUCCAAGAGUACCAAAGUUCCAAGGGAAGCACACAGGCAAAGCCGAGUAUUAGAUUCACAGGGCAGGAUGGGAUAUUAGAAUUCUCCUAUCGCUAUGGUUUCUUUAGCGAAGAAAAAAAUAUGUCUCCGUCAGAACUGAGAAAUUUAAUCAAUAUCGAAUGUCUGGAAUCUCUUGGUUUCGAAAGAAAUAUCAAAGGACUAUUAGUAUACCCAUCAAGAAAUCCAGCACAGGCGAUGCACGCCAAUUCCAGUUUGGUUGCUCUACCCUGCAGUCUCUUGGACAUGGCUGCUUGGACUGUCUCCAUCAGCCAGGCCGGGGGACUACCUUACAGUCACUCGGCAGCAUUACACACAAGAUUAAUAUCUGUGCCACUGACGAUAGUUACACUAUGACUCGAGACCGUAUGAAGGAGGCCGAGGAGGAGAGGAAAGAAAUCAGGAGCAAGUUAAUAAAAACCCCAAACAAAGGUGGAAAGAAAAGGCCCCCAAACAAACGUACCAAUUUAAUAAUGAACAUGAAACGUAGUAUGCAGAAUCAGCCUAAACUAUCGAAUGGAGCAAGUAAAUCUUUGCGGGAAAGAGUUCUUCAUCUCCUGGCCAUCAGACCCUACAAGAAGCCAGAACUUAUAUUACGACUUAGAAAGGAUGGUGUUAUACUCAAAGAUAAAAAUACUUUAACAAAUCUAUUGCAACAGGUCGCAACAAUAAGUAACAACCAGUACACAUUGAUGAAGCACAUAUAUGCAGAGGUUCAGGAUACAUGGCCUUGUUAUACAGAUGAAGAAAGGAAAGUAGUCCAAAGAAAAUUAAAACCUACGGAAGGUGAAAGCAGUAGUCAGCCUUCUUCGGCCAAAACAAGUCCAUCAAAAAAGCAAGAACCACCUGCACUAGGAAAUAAAAGGCAGUCAUCUUCGAUCUCGUAUGCAUCACCAGCCAAUAAGAAGCAGCGCAUAGCACAUGUGGUAAACACUAACAAUAAUGUAUCAAAAGAGAAUCCUGAGGCGCACAGUGUAAAUAACACCAAGAGACAUUACGAUACAUCACCAAGUACAAAGGAGCAAGUCAAAGACGAAAACAAGGCAGUCAACUUCAGGGAUAAAAAGCCUGUUUCUUCCACUAAAAAUGGAGAAGGCAAGACUGCUGAGAUGGAUUAUAAAAAACAAUAUCGGCCUAUUGAGACGUAUGAGCAGAGGUUAUUGUACAAGCGGGACUUCCAGGUUGAAUAUGAGGAGUACCUGCACUUAAAAAAUAAGAUUGAUAAUGUCACCAAGAAGUUCAUGGAGCUCAAAGGAAGCUUAACAAGGUGCCCAGAGAACAGCGAAGAGAGGCAGAAUAUAGAAAAGCAGAUUGUUCGCUCAUACAAGAAGCACACACAGGACCCGUCCUGGGAGAGAUGCAAGAAGCGGUGCCAGGCCUUGCACACAAAGCUGACGUACAUCAAGGAACUUAUCCGCGAUUUCGAUGAUAAACGGACUAAAGAGACGGCCACAUAACGAGCGUGGAGCUUAGAAAAUACAAUUGUGCCGCCCGGCUUCGGAUGGCGAAUACAAAAAAGCGUAGUAGGGAAAGUUUUCACGCCUACGAUUGACUAUCGGAGAGCUGGGGAAGACAAAUAGAGUCAAUUUAGAACACCUUUAAGUGGCAAUCGCACCUGUGAACUGUACGGAAACAACAACCGAAAGCAAAAUAAUCUAUUAGAAUCCGCGCUAUUUAACAUCCGCUCUAAACAAGAACCAUGAUGCUCUCUUGCUCUAAAUUAUCAUGCAGAUUCUCGAAGAAACCUCCAAUAGACACUGCCUUUUGAUUUUUUUAUGUUAUUUUGCGUUAAAAAUAAUCGGAGAUUGUUACCUAAUUGACCGGAAGUAAACUGGUGCAUUUGCCGGUUCAAACUUCAGGGCACCUGGUUUGCAGCUCA